AUGUGUGGAUCCAUAUGGAGAAGACCUUGUUGGCCCGAGAAGGAAGAUGGUGAGUUGGUGACAGAGAAGCUGGAAAGGAUUUUUCAGGUGGAGCACGUUCAUGGUUUGACCCAUAAUUUUUUUUUUCUGUUAUGGUUUGAUGCAAGGCCACAAAUCCUCGCCGACGCCUCACAGACGUUAGUUCACAAUUCGCAGCUCUGCCUCGCCGCGUAUCAUCUUGGAGCAGCCCGUCCACAGCCGUCUAAUGCCGUGAUGGAGAAAUCGGUCGGCGGAGAUGUAGAAGAGAAAUUAGGCAUCAAAGCUCGCGGAGAGCUCGCAGAGGCAGACAAAUAUAAGACCUGGAUGGUGGGUGGCUCACGACGGCGGAGGAGAUGCUGGAAAUCUUGCGGCACAAGAGAUGGUGCAAAACUCGUGGGUAUUCUUGUGGGUUGGUGGCUGAAAAUU